CCCCCGUGGGCAGCGCCGGCGCGUGCGGCCGCGGAUCCCAGCUCCGCCAGCGCCUCGCAGCCAUGAAGACCAAGAGCCGGAGACCGCGGCGCCGCGCGCCACCACCGCCCCCCGGCGCCGACGCCAGCCCCGGGGAGCGGCCGCCCGACCGGCCCCCGCCGAGCCCCGGGCCGGAACCGGGCAGGGGGCGGCGGAGCCGCGCGCGGGCCGAGAGCGGGCGCCGGCGGCCGGGGCCGGCGGGGCCGGGCGGCCGGCGGGAGAGCAGCGCGCAGCGGCGGCUGGAGAGCAACGAGCGCGAGCGGCAGCGCAUGCACAAGCUCAACAACGCCUUCCAGGCGCUGCGCGAGGCCAUCCCGCACGUGCGCGCCGACAAGAAGCUCUCCAAGAUCGAGACGCUCACGCUGGCCAAGAACUACAUCAAGUCGCUCACGGCCACCAUCCUGGCCAUGUCCAGCGGCCGCCUGCCGGGCCUGGAGGGGCCGGGGCCCAAGCUCUACCAGCACUACCAGCAGCAGGCGGCGGGCGGCGCGCUGGGGACGGCCGAGGCGCCGCCCGAGGGCCACCUGCAGCGGUACUCCACGCAGAUCCACGCCUUCCGCGAGGGCACCUAGGCGGGCGCCGGGCCCUUCCCCCGGCCCGAGGCCGCGCAGCCGCCUCCCUGGAGAGUGUCCCGGGCCGAGGCCCUGGGCAGCGCGGGGUGCCGGCCUCCGGGGUGGCUCCAGGUGCUGCCGGCCGAGGGCCCCUUCCCUUCUUAGCUCUCCGCAUCCUGCGCCCCCGUCUCUGCGAUUCUGGAAAAGGGGCUUCUUGUGUGAGUUUCCGCAGCUGCCGAGGCCAAGGCCCCGGGGAGGGCUCUCCUUCAAUCUGCAUGGACUGGCUGGGUUUGGCACGGUCUCCUCACUGAGAGGUAAACUGAGGCACAAGCCCACAGGCACAGCCCAGGCCACACAGGAAUGCGCAGCACCCAGGGGCCCGAGGCAGCCUCUGUCGGUGAGAAACACUAACUCAAUGACUCCGAAUUGACUCCCUGGGGCCUGGCUGGGAGAGCCUCUGGGCUCCCCCUCCCUCCUCCAAACUGUGCCACCCCCACGUGGAGUGAGGACUCCUGCAGGGGCGACCCAGGGGGUCUGGCCAUGGUCCGAGGGUCUGUGGCCUGGAGCUGAGGGCCCGGCAGAGAUGGGGUGGGUGUGUGGGGGGAGACGGCUGCGAGGCCUGGUUCCUGCUUGUCCCUGCGCCUCCCGUGGGCUCCCAGCCUAGUUUGUUGAUCAGUGUCAUAGUUGUCACCGACGUGGGGUCUCUCUAGAACUGGCUGAGGGUGGUCUGGUAGGAUGUAGGUUGUUCUUGGAUCCCUGUUAAAGGGGGGCAGGGGUUCCCUGCAGGUGGGACCUGGGGUGGCGGGAGGCCCCCUCCCCCACCGGACUCUGCUCCUGAGACGCAGGGACUGGGCAGCCUGGCAGGUCCCUGCCGCCCGGGGCCAAGCUUCCUUCUGUGGGGCGUUCCAGCCCCGCUGGCAGCCGGCCCUGGAGCCUCUCCCCUGGGUCCCUCUGCCCACCACCCAGUAUGGUGACAAGGCCCUGGAUGGGGGCACAGCAUGUGGCGGGGCGUCGGGGGCCUGGCCCAGGGGUCCUGCUGCCUGUGCCCCUGGCUGUGGGCUCCCGUGCCCCCCCCAUGCCCUCCCUGGCAGCCCGGGCACCGAGGGGCUUGGCGCCAGCCCAUCCACACUCAAGUGGUUGGGGUGGCCCUGUGGGACCUAACACUCCUCCCCAGACCCCAUUCCAGGUUCCCCAAAAGUCGGCCCAGGCAAGUGGGUCUCCUGGAUUCAGGCCAGCGCCUGCAUGGCCUCGUCUGUCCGGGGGCAGGUGGGCCCCCCGAGCCUCCCGGCCUACCCUGCCAGGGGGCCCCCGAUGGGAGACAGCGGUUGGGGCAUUCGCUGGUGUGAGCCGAGAUGGGCUCAGACAGACCGAGCUCUGAGGCGUGCAGUGCUGGGGGAGGUCGGGGGGACGGCUCUGGGGACAGGCUGCCGGCUCUGCUCCUUCCGCCCUUGUCUGCCACCCCGGACUUGAGCCCCAGGCUGGACUCUUCUGUCCCCCAGGAGGCUGAGGCGGCCACGAGCCGUGGGGCUGUCCCCGACCUGGGCAGACAGGCCCCCUGCGAGGGGCAGAGACCUGAACUGGGACUUCUUUGUCUGGAAAAACACCACUUGAACUGAAUGGCCAGUGCCCCUUUAACUGUGGUGAGAAUGUCUUAAAUGACCCGGAUUUGCUUUUAUUUUCCCUAAUGGUCCCUUCAAAGUACUAAUGAGACGGACAUCAUGUCAUAAAACCAAAGUAAAGGCCUUCCCAGCCGUUGCAGCUUUUAGCCUUUGCACAAGGCAGGGGGAACUGCACGUUAAUAGAUACGUAGCAAUAAAAAAUAGGACAGUUA